UUCUAUUUUGGCCAAUCAGAGGUAUGAUCAAAUCGAAAUUUGCAUCACCAGACAGGAGACUGGGUGGGCGUGCGGAAUCAUAACAAUAAUCAAAACAAAACGCCAUGGCGGAUUUGUUUGGUAUUUGCUCCUGCUGUGUUAAUUUUAAAUAUUCUCCCGAUGAGUCAGUUCAAAAACGCCGAAGUAAAAAAAUCGAUAUAAUGUUGAAAAAAGACAAAGCUAUCAUAAAAAGACAAGUUAAAUUGUUAUUACUGGGCGCUGGCGAGAGUGGCAAGAGUACAUUUUUGAAACAAAUGAAAAUAAUUCACGGGGAUCAUUUCGAUAGCGAAUCAGUUAUGUUAUAUAAAUCGACAAUAUAUCAAAAUACAAUUAAAGGUAUGAAGGUUCUGGUGGAUGCUCGUGCCAAGCUUGGCAUAAGGUGGGAUAAUACAGAGAGUUCGAAAUAUGCCAAUCACGUGCUACUUUACGAUGCAAAUCUUUCUCUGGACCUGAGGACUUUCCAAGAUUUCGCAUUUUCCGUGCAAGAGUUGUGGAAAGAUCAAGCUAUUAAGACUGCUUACAAUAGGAGAAGAGAGUUUCAACUUGCUGACAAUGUGCGAUAUUAUUUUGAAAAUUUAAGUAGGCUUGCAAGUCCUGGUUAUGUGCCAUCUAAUUUAGAUAUUCUGCAUGCAAGGGCAGCAACAAAAACAGUGGCUGAGUAUCUGGUUACGAUCAACAACAUUCCAUUUCGUUUUGUGGACGUUGGAGGCCAGCGAUCUCAGCGGCAGAAAUGGGUCCAAUGCUUCGAAGACGUCACUUCUAUCAUCUUUCUCGUAUCCUCUUCAGAAUUCGACCAAGUUCUCCUGGAAGACAGGACUACGAACCGGAUGUUGGAGUCCAAAAACAUUUUCGACACCAUCAUCAACAACCGCUGUUUCUCCGACGUGUCUGUGAUUUUAUUCAUGAACAAAACCGACCUGCUGCAAGAAAAGCUUGCCCGAAAGGAUGUCGACAUUCGCCUUUAUUUUCCAGAGUUCGAAGGCGAUCCUUUCGACGUCGAGGGUGUGCAGUUGUUUUUUGUGGAUAUGUUCGAUAACAUUCGGCGCGACAAAACUAGACCUUUUUAUUAUCACUUCACCACUGCCAUAGACACUGAAAAUAUAAAAGUUGUGUUUAGCGCCGUGAAAGACACUAUUUUGCAAAAAAAUAUCAACCAGUUGAUGCUGCAAUGAAGGAAAUUUUUACAGUAGAGAGUCUGUUUAGAGAAUGUUUUAUUUUUUUAUAAUGAAAGUUGUAUUUUUGUAUAGAAUUUUAUUGCUAUUUAAAGUAGUGUUGGUCUUGGCAAAUUUAUUAAUAUACAGCAAUUGACUUCCUUUGCCAAAUAUUAGAAUAAUUUAUUAUAUCGUUACUCUAGGAUAAUUUUAUUCGAUGCUUUUUACAUUGCUUAUUUUAAAAAGCUUGACUAUGUUGAAAUAACAAAUUUAUUAAGAUGUGAAAGCAAUUUGAGAUAUGUAUAUAAAUAGAUACUUUUCCGAGAUAGUUUUACAUACCUGCCAAGUCUCCUGUAUUUUAUGACUAUUUCUUGUUUACUCGUAUAUUCUCAAAUUUCUCCGUAUUUGUUGAAGUAAUUUUUUAAAAAAAUUUGGCGAUAAAAUAUCUGCCGAUGGCAAA